ACCACUUGUUUCGCAUGCUAGCAAAUGUUCAAUUAGCUCCAACGUGCUAAACAGCAUAGCGUUGAGAUACACAGCAGCUGUGCGCACUGCGGAGGACAACAACAACAACAACAACAACAACGUAACAUAACCUCCUGAAGACAAAUGGCCGAAGAGUCGCUGAGCUUUUAAAACCAUGGCGGAUUGUACCGAGCUGUGUGAGAGCAGCAUGCAGGAGCUGAAUGAUGGAGUAAACUGUGAUAGUGAUGGAAGUAAAGAAGAGGCGGAUUUAGAUGCCAUUCCACCAUCUCUGCUCAGCUACUUUGAAACCUCAAAAAGCAGAGCAGCAGUUUGCGAGAAGCUCAUCCUUGAGGAAGCUGAAGACUUCACUGCAUGGCAUCACACUGAGGACAUGAUGAACUUACCUAACAAACUUGAUAAGGACAUGAUGAAACUAAAUGGGCAGGUCACUUGUGAUGCAGUAAAUAAGGAGAACAGCACCCACCUUCUUCCUGCACCCACAGAGACAGAAGCACAUUUCUCUCACAAUGUGUCAGUGUGCCCCAACAACAAAGAUGAAGCUGGAACAGACGGAUAUAUGGACGGUGAGAAGCACUUGGCCUUUGAAGUGAGGACCCUUGAGCGCUCACUGAAAGAAGAGGAGAGUAAGAAAAGCAGUGAAUACAAGGCAGAGCGAGAGAAACGACACCUUGAGGAGAUUAAGAGGGAAGAGCAAAAGAAACAAACGGAAAAAGACUUCCAGAAGGAGCUGAGGAAGAUAAUGGAGGCAGAGAAGCUCCAUCAGAAGGAAUUUGAGUUGAUGGAGAAGAGAGCUCAUGAAAAACUUGAACAGGAGUUUCUGCUUCAGCAGGAACUGAUCAGCAACUUACAGCGACGAGUGGAGGAAGAAAGGAGGAUGAGGGAAGAGGAGCAGAAGAGAAUGAAGGAUGAGGAGGACAAGAGGAAACGGGAACUGGAACUUAAAAAAGAAAAGAGGAAAAAUGAGGAAGAGAAAAAAAGGAGGAUGGAGAGGGAGGAAAAGCAGAAGAGAGAAGAGGAAAGAAACAGGAUUGAUUCGGAAAAGAAGAAGCUGGAGGAUAAGAUGAGGAUGAUGAAGGAGAAAGAAAGGGAGGAGGAAAGAGAAGUGUUAGAAGAGGCAAGGAAGGAGAUGGAGAGAAACAUGGAGGAAGAAAUUAGCCUGAAAAAGGAGGAGGACGGAAAAAAGAAAGAAGAGGAUAAUAUGAGAAUAGAGGAAAAGGGGAGAGUAAUUAAGGAGAGUGAGGUGAGGAAGAAGCAGGAGGAGAUCAGGAAAAAGAAAGAGGAGGAGGAGGAGGCCGAUGAUAGACAAAGGAUGGCUCAGAUGGAAGAAGAUAGGAAAAAGAGGGAGGUGGAGGAGAAAGAGGAGGCAAGGAAGAAUGAAAGAAAAAAGAUGAAGGAGAAGGAGGUGAAGGAUGUGGUAAGAAAACAGGAGGAGGAAAAUAGAAAAAUGAAAGAAGAACUAAGACUCAUUGAAGAGGAUGAGAAGAGGAAAAGGGAAGCUGAAAGGAAACCAAAAGAGGAAAAAUGGAGGAGGAGGCAGAAAGAAGAGAUGAGACAGAAAGAUGAAGAGGAGGACAGAAAAGAGAAGGAAGAGUAUAAUAUGAGAAUAGAUGAAGAGGGGAGAAUAAUUAAAGAGAGUGAGGUGAGGAAAAAUAAGGACGAGGAGACUGAUAAUGGAAAAAAGCUGGCUCAGAUGGGAGAAGAGGAUAGGAAAAAAAUGGAGGUGGAGGAGAAGGAGGUGGCAAUGGAGAAAAAAGAGGAGCGGGAAAAUAGAAAAAUGGAAGAAGAACUAAUUCUAGAAGACACGAGGAGACAGAAAGAAGAAGAGGAGGACAAAAAAUCUGAAGAAAUGAAGCUCAAGGAAGACAAGGAGGGGUAUGAAGGCUAUGAUGUGGAGUGCAGAAAGAUGGGACAUGAGAGCAAAACAAAAGAUAAAGAGAAGAAGCGGGAGGAGGAAAGGAAAAAUGUGGAGGCAAAGAAGGAGCAGAAUGGGGAAGAGGGGGACGACGUUAACCCAAAAACGGAAGAUGAAAUGCGGCUCAAAGAAAAGGAGGAGAGCGAAAAGAGAACGGUGCAGGAAAAGGAGGUGAGCGUUACAAGAGCAAAUGAGCUGCAGGAGAAAAUGGAGCAUAACAGCACGAUAGGUCGAAAUGAAAACUAUUACAUAGAUAAAGCAGGAAACUCACAACCUGAAGACGGCCCCACAUGGACUUCCCCAAGCCCUGCUUCAUUACAUAAUGAGUCCACAGUCUGUCCCACCAGCACUGAUGCCAUACCAUGCAACGAGACGUCCGUAGAAACUGUGGACUGCCAAAAUCCAGCAGCAAGGCCUUCCACUGUGAAUCUUUCUUUACCUGUGAGCCUCCCCGAGCACACAGAGCAGAAGAGGCUGUCAUGGAUGAAGGAUUGCAUCCCCUGGUCCAAACUCUCCCUCCAGAACAGGAGGAAGCAGAGAGAAUCUGUCCGGAGUCAGAGAUGGCCGAGGAGGGUUCCCGAAGCUGUCGGUCUGCCACCUCUCUGCCCAGACUCCCUGCUUCAGUCCACGGGCUGGAAAUCCCUGCAGCAGGUUACCACGGUGACCCUGGAGGACUUGUCUGGCUGUAGCUUAUCCACUCUCGCUCUGUGUACUCAGCUUCAGUCCAUCAGCCUCAGACGUUGUGGUCUCAAAUCCCUGGAAGGCAUCAACCAGUUAGCACAGCUCUGCUACAUCGAUGUACAGGAAAACGACAUCUCAUAUGUCGACUGUGAAAACAUGGCUAGUUUACGAGUGCUUCAGCUUGGCCACAACAAGCUGACGUCAAUCCACGGUUUAACUGGUGCUGAAAAUCUGGAUGUUCUAGACCUCUCGCACAACUCCCUCACCCGCAUCGCUGGUCUGGAGUCUGUGAAGAGAUUGCAGAGGUUGUCAGUGGAUCACAACCAGUUGAUCAGCACCAAAGGACUGAGGGACGUAUACACACUCCUCCACCUGAACUGCUCACACAACCAUCUGGCAAGUGUGGAGGGUCUGGAGAACAGUGCUCUACUCAACACACUGGACCUGAGAGCCAACAGCCUUACUGAGCCACCCAGUCUGAACAACCAGGUCCUCCUCAGAGAGCUACAUCUAGACGACAACAGCAUCUCCUCCCUGCAGGGUCUCAUUGCUUGCUGGCUGCCCCUCAUGCAACAUCUCUCUGUGGCCCAAAACAGAAUCACCCAGCUGCCCUCCAUGUCUGACUUUGUGUCCCUUGCGAAUCUGGAUCUUCGAUUCAACUGUGUGUCAGAGCUCCAGAACGUGUGUGAGAGUCUGAAGGAAUGUCAGUUCCUGCAAAAGGUCCACCUCACAGGGAAUCCUGUUGAGCAGGAGAGUGGCUGGAGAUCCACUCUACAGAAAGCAGUACCUGGCCUAAGGGGCAUCGAUGACCAGGAGGCAGACUCUUAUCUAUCGCCCCCUGCUGUUCAACAGGUCAGCUUGGCCUCAGGCAGCUUCCUAACAUUCUGCCAGGAUCAGCUUCAGCAGACUUAUGAUUUACAGCAAAAGCACAGCAGGGAGCUCAGCGAUGCCUCAUCUUCUCUGGAUGCUGUAAAGACCUCCUGCCGAUACUUCACUGAGGCUCUGCAGCUGGCUACGGACCAGAGAUUUGCCCAUGAAUAUGGUGACACCACUGUGGCUGACGAACACAGGGCUGCAGGCCGAACAAUAGCUGAGGAAACACUUGACAUUGACAGCACCAAUGUUGAGAAGCAUGCUGAGCGGCCAGAAAUGGAGUCCACUGGAAAAGUUCCACACAUCAUUCCGAAAAGGGGCAAUAUCAGAUGCAGCUCCUGGACUUUCGAUAAGAAGUCAGCUGCAGAGAGUCGGCCUGACACAUUUGACAAUGUUACAGCAGGUCCAAAGACGGGGCCAACAGUUAGCAAAGUGAACUCUGGCAGUGUUCACUCCUUGGCAACAAAGGGAAAAACAAUUUCCGCCAAUUCUGAAAUGGCACCUGUGUCCAAGCAUCAAAACCUGGACCUACAAAACACAGCAGCAGUCGUGAUUCAGCAGCUGUGGAGGAAAUAUAGACAGAAAUGUGGGAACAUCAGCAGCCCUUCCACAGCUGAGAAGGGGGGAGGACGAGGAGAAGUUGGAAGAAAGCCAGAAUCAGGACCUUCGUAUAUUGACAGGAGUGUUGUUGGCCAAGAUUAUGCAGCAACUGUUAUCCAGGCGUUUUGGAGGGGGUUCACUCUGAGGAGGAGGCUAGCAUCUGCUCUGGCUGCUGUCAGUGUCGGGGACACUGGAGAGGACGACACCUUUGAAGAGGUGGACCUGGAUGAAUUUGUCUAUGAUGAGGCAGCUCUGGAGAAACAUUGGGCACUACCGCUUUCUGAGGCCUCACCUCCCAGACGUUACCCUGUGUCAGAGCAGCCACCGUCUCUCAAGCCUCCUGGGGCCUAUCCUGAACCUGCCCAGUACAUACUCCCACCACCGCUUGUAUGGAGGUCAAAGCAUGCCUGGGUGGCCGGAGAUCAGAUGGACUUUGCUGGGCAGAGAGUUUCCCCAGUGAGCUCCAGCAGAAGCAGAUCUCCUGCCUCAGUCUCAGUGGUCAGUGGUCUCACCAAACGAUCAGAAAUGAUUCUGGAAGAAUGGGGCUUCACUCAAAGCCACACAGCUCUUCUAAUGCUCAAGAGAGCCCAGAAGAUGAAGUCAAAGAAGCAACAGCAGAGGGAACAUCGGAAUCCCGCUGUCCGCCCUGACUUCACGAACUGCAGUUACCAGCUGGGUCCAGUGGAGGCAUGUAAGAGGCAAGCACAACACAACAGAAAUUAUAUAAAAGUUCGCGAAGCGGAGCUGGUUCUUCACCCUGCAGAGAGGGAGCAAGUUAAGCAGGAACGAGCUCAGCAGUGGCUGCACACCCAACCUGCUCACUCUGACAGGGACUCAGAGAGGAGCAGAGAUUCCAUCUCCCAAGCGAGUCACGUCUGCUCCGUCAAAAAAGGAGCGCAUCUCAUACCGAGACAACCCUGUCCAGUUGAGCGGCGGCUGGGGAGGGGGCAAGAAGAGGGACAGAGUGUAUAAGUAAAAUACAAACUUUUCAGCCACGACAUCACUUCUUUUGCUGUCCUUAGCCAACACCCAGAGCAACUUAAAGGCAGAUACUUUUUGUAUGUGUCCCUCUUUUGAUACCUUACAAAGAAAGCAGCAUUUUCAAAUUAUGUGUUAUCUUGUUCAGGACUGCACAUACUAUGCUUCCUUUGGAUGUAUCAUCAUCAUGCUGACGACAGCCUGGGUUGUGGUCUUAACAUAUUUUCCCCAAGAUUUAAACAACACAAUAAAUUUCAGUUUCACAAGACAAUUUAUUUUAUUUCCAUGCAGAAGACUUCCUUUGCUUUUAUUUAUGAUUCUAUUCCAUCGCCUACACCGAAUCCUCCUGCAGCUGUUCUUUUUUAAACUGAGCCCAAAAACUCGAGCUCCCUCUCCUGAAAAUUAAUUAAGACCAAUAGGACCUGGACCAGCCCAAAUAUCUUCAGGCAUUUCUAUUAUGUUGAUUCUGCUCAAGUGUCACUGCCUGAACGUGAUCGCAGCCAACCAGCACCAAAACACAUGGAACAAAAUCACAAACCUUCAGCAAAUUACACGCUUCAUAUGCAAAUGAAGGCAGGAAAUAAGAACCAGGACCUUUAAUACCUGUGGAUUCAUCUUUCUUAAGAUGCUAAACUCUUGUUUCUGAGCUGAUUUACUCUCUUGACAGAAAAUAUAGUAAUUAUAGUUUGUAGCCAUGGGAAAAGACUUUCUUUUUCCACUUCUGCUGUGCCCUCUUAAGAGUAAAGUUUAAUAAAGCCCAGAGAUUUAAGUGCAAUUUCCCCAUUCUGUGGCUAUAUUUAGCUCCCGCUUGCCAACAGUGGGCUUGAAAUUACUGCUUGUAUGAACCGAGCACAAACAUUGGUGUUAGAAUUAGAAUGAUGUUUUCUUUAUUUUCAGUCGUGGAUUAUAAUGGUCUUGUCUGUGUAUUUGAAUUUGGAGAGCUAAGGCGUCUGUCCGCAAACACUGCCCUACCGGAGGCGGUGAACCUCUUGUGUGCUUGGAGGUUCCUCGCUGGUCCGCCGCCUGGAAAUGAUAACUUAAUGAAUGUCAAAACAAAUAGUCAGAGCUGCAGAGUGGCUCCCUGGCAGGAAAUGCAUGUCUGUCUAUUUAUUUUCUGUCUAUCUUUCACUUACGCACGUCUGGAGGGCGUGUUUUGACUGUACAUGAGCUGAUGGGGAUUUUUGUCUUGGAGAGUGGCGUAUGCCAGAGAUGUGGUGGUCCUGCCCACUUGGGGGUUGUUGUGAAACUCAAGUGAAGGGUCCUCCUUAAGGGGGAGACUGAUUCCUCAGGCUCUCUGGGGACACCAGGGGGUUGUUUCUCUGUCAUCAAACUGUCAUUACACAGCUGUGAUACCAGGGAGAAUUUCUGUUGCACAUACAAUAUGAACAGACAGGUGACAUAAAAGCACUGUAUAUGCAUAAAGUCACCAGUGUUGUUUGACACAAGUUCAGAUUUAUCCAGGCUUUCAGAAUUCUUCUCUUGAAAUACUGUUUCUGAAAUGAUAUUGUUAAACCAUCGUCCACCGGCCUUCAUUACAUCUGUUUACUUUUGGGUUAUGGGUAAAUUAUAUGUAACCUAAGACAUCCAAAAUCCAUUGCCUGGUGAAAUGAGUGCUUCACCACACAUUUAGAUAAGAUGAAGAAUGUCCCUCUCAGCCCAGAGGGCCCUGCCAGCCUGACCUCAAGUCAGCAAAUGUUGUCAGAUGGAGUCUGGUAGAGAGAGGUUUUGUAUCCGAAUCCCUCUAAGUGCCCUUUUCUUAGAAUGAGUUGAAGGACUAUGAACAGUGUGCUUGCACGUUUUAGCUACAAAUUAUUAUAUAUAUUGUGCAUUUUUGCUGACCUUUUUUGAAUGCAUGCAGCACAUUUUCAGAUUUCUUUUUGACAUUUUUAUAAACAAUUCCAGGCAGCCAUUGGUGUCCAUUAAUUUCUGUAUGUAUGAAACUAGCUUGAGUUAAUCAGAGAGCAUUCAUUUUUUGUCAUGGUAAUGCACAAAAGUUUUAACUUUGAGAAAGAUUCAUGCAGGCUGAUUGAUUUUAUUUCAGUAUCAUUUGUAAAUUAAUGGAAGCCAGGUGUUGGAUAAUAUCAUUUCUAAAUUAAAACAAUGUGGCUUGCUUGAUUAGUCGUGAUGCGAAGUAUUAAAAAGCAAAAGAAAAUACUGACAGCACUAUUCUGAGUUAUGUUGUAACAACGACAGUGCAGGACAUACAAUAGACAAUCUACAGCGUGUGUGCAAAGCAGCAUGACACGAUAACUGCAAUGUUGUACUGUAGAAGGAGUAAAGCUGAUUUGAAGGUCUAACAAUGUACUGUUAUAUUUAUUAUUCCAUAUAAGAGAUAUAUGGCUUUACUGAGUCUCUGGAAAUAUUUCAGAAUGUAAAAUAACAUUAACUUCAAAUCCCACAAACACUUACAGAAAAAUGACUUUAGAGAGGUUCUUUUCUUAUUUAUUUCUGUCUCAUGACACAAUUAGCCAGCUCCUUUCGCCAAAGUAAAGAAAUGGGAAAUGGGUAUAAACUCUGAGGAAUGCGCAAGCUCCCCUGGAAAUGUGAACCCAGCUUAUAAAGAAAUUGGGAAUAAACUCACACAAGCAGAAAGUAUUCUGCACUGGACACCUGGUAAAAGUCAAAGCUAAUUUAUUCCCUGAAUGACAACUGCUGGCUUAUAACAUCGCUUAGAUGAAAAUAGGUCAGAGUCACUCUUUUCACACAGCCGAGGGCAGGACUGAUGUCACGGGUAGCGAGCCUUGAAAAAAAAAUCACUCCUUCAGGUUUAGAGAAAUUUAAUGAUUAUUAAAACGUUUGUAAACUGAGCGUAAGGUAGAACAGAAUCACAUACAUUUGUCAGAUGUUACAGAGCUUGUCUCUGGUAAUUCUGACAAAGACAGGACAUUUAAGUAAGUGCAUUCAUAUGUACAUGUGCAUGCAUCAUGUGUCUACGUGCUUCUAGACCAGUCCUUCGCACACGGUGUGGACUCGGCACUCUGUACUUUGUGACAAACAUACGUUAUUGUUAUGAUGUACAAUUAAACAAAAUGUUCUGAAUGUUUUAUUAUUCACUGUCAGUACUUUGUAUGGACUUUAUAGUUCCAUUAUCUCAUUUUUAGUUUAGUUUAAAUGGGUUUGCUGCUGCUUUGAUACAAUUUUACAAAGUUUGGACGAAUUCUUAAAUUAUUUUGGUAUGGUUGUUUGUAAAAUUGAAUUUUGGUAUUCGUAAAUAAAAAUAAAUGUGAUGCUGAGUGAUGAGUGUGAUAAAGGCUGUUUUGCACUGGUAUGAACACAAGUGUGCUUUGAGUUUUUUUGGCUUGUUCUCUGGUGAAAACUACUGUUCUAGACAAAUAUAAUUUAUACAUGAAACAAGAAGAAUUUGAAUUUACAUUAUGAAAUGGAUCAUGAAAUGCAUGUUUAUAUGCACACACUCAUAUCUUUUUAUGACAAUCCAUACUGUGUGUUUAUAAUAAAGUCUGAUCAUUUGAUAUUGUAUCAUAUUUUUGUAUUGCAAUGAGAGCUGCGAGAAAAGAAUUAUCUAUAAGAUAUUAUCAGUGGCAUAAUUUGUUUUAGUCUGUUGUAUCUGGAGAAACAACCUCCAGGUUUGUGUAGUUGGUUUCUGAAUGAUAAACAACAUUUCU